GUGUACAUUUGUUAUUUGAGUCGUAGCAAAUUUAAAUAAUUUUUGUUGUUUAGACCGUCUAUUCUUAUUUUUGUGUAUAAUUUUAUUAAUAAAACAGUUGAUUAAGUCAUUCGGUAAACUAAGAAAACAUUUGAAAUAAAAUAAUAUAAAAAUUAAAUAAUUCGUACAUUUGAAAAAAUUUUUGUACUUAAUAUUUGAGAAGAAUAAUGAUAUUAUUCUUGAGAAGUGCCUUUAAGUCGAUAUUAAUAUUUUCCAGUUAUUGUAAAUACCGGCGGCUUUUUUAAUUCGGAGACUGCAUAUUUUACUGAUUUUGAGGCAGAGUACUGCCUGUCAUACUUGUGACAAGAGCUGAAAAAAAAUGGAAUUCAUUGUGCUAUGUUUUCUUCUGCUAAUAAUCGGUUGUUAUGGAAUUGAAAAUCAGUUCAAUGGUCUGGCAUAUAAAUCUGUUACGAAAGAUGGGAGAUAUGAUGCUGGAAUAUGUUCUAUGGAAGCAACUUGCGAGAAAUCGCAAAGUAGCCAAAAUUUAACGUGUUUUGGAACAGAGUUACCUUAUUCUAUAACCUCAUUAGCUUUAGCUGAAGAUUCAGAAUCUCAUUUGGAAGUGCAAGAUAAUCUUGCUCUUUGGCAAGGUUUGAGAAGCAUUCCUAGAUGUUGGGCUGUUGUUCAACCUCUUUUAUGUUCUAUUUAUAUGCCAAAAUGUGAAAAUGGCUUAAUAUCCUUACCUACACAAGAGAUGUGCAGAAUUACUAGAGGCCCAUGCAGAGCUGUACAAAAAAAACAUGCUUGGCCAUCAUUUUUACGUUGUGAAAAUAAGAAGUUAUUUCCACCGCGUUGCAGAAAUCCUCUUCAAGAAAUAAAAUUUAACACUAGUUUCAAGUGCAUUCCACCCUUAGUAGAAACUGAUAAUUCUGAUAUUUAUUAUGAAGAUGUAGAUGGUUGUGCCUUACAGUGUCAGAAUCCUUUUUAUACAGACAAAGAACAUGAUGAUUCUCAUUUUUUUAUUGGUUGUUUGUUUAGCGUGGCUCUCUUUGCAAAUUUGUUCACUGUGAUCACUCUGCUUAUCAGUUCUAAAGCAACAAAGAAACUGCCUUCAUCCAUUAUACUCUACAUUAAUGUAUGCCUGAUAGUGACAUCUUUAGGAUGGCUUGCACAAUUUGUUCCUGGAUUCAGAGAUGGUAUUAUUUGUAAUUCAGAUGGAACAUUGCAGCAACAGCAACCAAAACCAGCUUGUGCUGUCCAAUUUAUUUUUAUAUAUUAUUCCACAAUGGCCGCUAUUACAUGGUGUGUAAUUUUAAAGUAUGUCGUGUACAUCCAGAUUCGCAAUUCUGGUUCUUCGAAAGAUAUUCUGAAGAAGUAUUCAACUAAGUUGAAAUUACUUGGUUGGUCUGUUCCUGCAUUAUUCAUCUGUCUCAUCUGGACUUUGAAAGGGAUUGAUGGAGAUUCAGUGAGUGGUAUAUGUUUUGUUGGAUAUGUUAAUUCCAAUACUCGCCUAUCUCUUGUUUUACCUAUAGUUGUUGCAGGUGCAUUGAUUUGCUUCUUCAUUAUUUCUUUGUGUUGCCUCAAAAAUAUGAAGAGCCAAGAAAUGCCUAAUGACAGAUAUCGUAAAAAGUUGCGGAGUUUGAAAUAUAAAAUAUGUGGGUAUUCUGUUUGUUGUUUGAUUAUUAUCAUUUGUACUUUUGCUUGUCAUGCUUAUGAUUUUCUUUAUCGAGAUGAAUGGCAAGAAAGUCUUAGGGAAUUUAUUGUAUGUCUUGCAAUGAAUUCUGGGCAGCUGUAUUCAGAAUUAUCCAGCUCUGAUUGCAGUUUGAAAAGCAAACCAAAUAUAAAUGUUGUGCGUUUUCAUAUAUUUUGCAUGUUUGCUUUUUCAAUGCUGAUGUCUUCUUGGGCUUGGAGUAAAGUCUCCAUCAAAGUUUGGAAGCGACGUUUUUUUAGUUGUUGUUCGCCAAAAGAUAAAAGUUCAACACUGAAAAAGCAUACUCUGAUAUCUGAAGUGUUUCGAAAACGUGAUCAACUUAACAGAGGUGACAUCUCAUUAAGCAUGAAUAGCCAUAAUGAAGAUCCAGUUGGUAUUAACUUAGAUGGAUCUAGUGUUGCAUCAGGGACCAUAACGUCAUCUUGGGCUAGAUCCUUUCCUAAGUUAAUGUGGCGGAGAAAUGCUGUUCCUAAUAUCAUGCUCUAUGCACCUAGACAUUACUCCUCAGCUUCAGACAUAAGUCGUCAUGUGUCCAUAGAUUCUUAUAAUCAGCAGAACAUAGAUUCACAAAGUUUACAGAUAAGUGAACAAGAAUAUGUCCUUCGUCAUCAACGAAGAAAAACCCGAAAAGAAAGAAUGAAACUCUGGAAAACUAAUCGGUGGUUUCCAAGCAGUAGAAGAGACAGUGACACUUCUCUCCAAAGCUCUCUGGCAGCUUCAAUUGUUGCAGCAACUGCCAAAAAUCUAGGUGCUAAGAUUUCCAAAUCUACUAGCACAGGAGAUCUUGGCAAUCCUAUACCUCUAAUAACUCCUUCAGUUAUUACUCCUAUUAUAGUUCCUCAACCAGUCACUAGAAAAAGUACUAUUCAGCGAGAACACAUUAAUCCACCUUUUACUCAUGGAAUGACAGAUAAUUCACAUCGAAUAGAACAUAGAAAUUUGCCAUCAUCCAUUGGUACUGCCAGUGUGAGAUUGACACCAAACCCCUCUACAGUUGGUGUUAAUGUAAGAUAUACACCUAAUCCUUUGAUAAAUGGAUAUCAAAAUCCAAUGAAUAAUCUCAUUCAACCUCCCAUGUUUGGUCAGGGGUAUGAGUACAUGAAUGCUGUGCCUUAUGGAUAUAUGGGAGGCAUGUGUCCAGGAAUUUACAGUACCUAUUCAACAAGUAUUGUAAAUCCAAAUUUUAACUAUCAACUUUAUGGCAAUAUGGGGUAUAUGCCUUAUGAUUCCUAUCAAACCAAUGAAGUGCUGUUGAACCAAUAUCAACCAAACUUGUUACCAAUGCAUCCUAGAGCUGAAAGUGCCAGUGAAACUGAAUAUUUUCCUAUCGUAAUGUCAGACAGUGAAUUCACCGAUACUGGUCAUCGUUCCUAUGAUGAAGCUCAGUUGAUGACAACUCAACGCCUGCUUCAAGAAAGAGCACAAGCCCUGGCUGCUGCUGCAGCUCAGAAUGAAUCUCAGCAUCCUAAAACUGUGCUUGAACCACAGGCAUGUGCCAAAAUACAGUUUCUUAAAAGAAUGGAUACAUGCAAAAUACAGACUUCUGGUACUCAGACUUCUGAACCUGUCAAUGAUAGGCAAAGUCCACACAAUGAAGCUCCACCCCCAUCUCCAGCUGAUUCAGUCAAGAGCUUAGAUGUUGAUGAAGAUGAUGAUGAUGUUUUUGAAUGCUCUGUUAAUGAAGAGAAAAAGACUACUUCAGUGUCAUCCCUUCCUCAAAAUGUCGAGGAUGAAAGCAUUAUACAAAAGUUAAAGUCAAAAUUUCGACGUGCCAUCUCUUUUACAAAAAAUGGUCAAGAACAACCAGAAGGCUUAGAACUGUCUGCUAAGCCUUGUUUUAACUCCCUUGACAAUAUAUCUUCGCACAAAGAUCCAUUACCUGUAAAAAAUACUCAAAAAGAAAAGUGUCUAGAUGUAUCUGAGGGUUUGAGUCUAAUGGAUGCCAAAGAUGGAAAUGAAAAUGUUUCUAGAUGACUAGAACAUUAAAUCUGUACUUGUUGAUAUUUACAGCUCACAGUUUAUUUGAUGAUUUUUAAGUUACACUAAAUUCCAUUUUAUGUAAUAUAACCAAGAUUAUUUGCAUUAUGGUUUUACUUGUUAAUGAUUUAUCACAGGUAACAUCAGUUGGUGGUGUAUUUAAAUUUAUUUCAAGGGCUGCAAUUAUCAAUAAGUACCAUUAAAUCAUAUUUUACAUUUUUAUUUAUUUUUAUCUAGUGUAAAUUGCCAUGAGUGUAAAAAUUCAUUGUCCUUUGUACAUAUAAUUUUGUUUUAAGUACUGUUAGACUAAUAUUGCUUUUUAGAAUCUCAGCAAUUGUUAUUGCCUUUCCAAAAAUUAGUACAAAAUGUAUUGGUAAAAAACAGGAAUUAUUUUCUCCUUGAUUUUACUGAAAUUGUUUCACUCAGGGCUAUUUCUGUAAAUGAAACCCUUUACAGAAAUAGUUUUUUUUUUAACCAAAUAUUUUCACUUGGCAUUAAU